AUGAUUGCAAGCAUCGUUAUCCCGACUGUAGCUACCCUGCUCGCAUCUGUGGCCUGCUACGCUCUCAAGGUCUUGUAUGAUAACUGGACCUCACCCCUCCGUUUUAUAGAUGGUCCACCGUGUGCAAAUCCUUUCAUAGGACACGCUGCCUUGGUCUUUGAUGUGCCGGAUACGACCGACAAGUGGCGAGAGCAAUACGGGCCUACGUUCAUGGCCAAAGGUCUCUUCUGCGAGGACGAUCUCCACACCACGGAUCUGAAGGCUGUCUCUCACAUCCUGUCUCACGGCGCAAUCUAUCCAAAGACGCGUGCCCUGCUUUCCACUCUCAGAGAGAUUCUGGGAGACGGCAUUCUCGCUCGCAAAAUUCUGAGCCCCGCCUUUGGUCCCCAGCAGCUCCGCGUUAUGAACGAGGUCUUUGUGGAGAAGGGGAAUCUGUUGUGCGAAAUGCUGGCGAAAGAGGUCGAAACUGCCGGUGGUACCCUAAAAACUGACGUAUCAGACUGGUUCCGUCAGGUGACGUUGGAUAUCAUUGGAGAGGCCGGUUUCGGGUAUCAAUUCAAUUCUCUGGAGUCGCACGGCAAGGAAGAAGGCGAAUUGAGCGCAGUAUUUUCUCAGCUGCUCUACGACCCCAACAUCAACUUCUAUCGGACCUUUCAAGCCGCCCAGGCUGUAGUCCCGAUUCUGCGGGUUCUUCCGCUGCCAGGCUGGACACUAACUCGCUAUGCAAACAAGAAGCUGCGCGCGAUAGGAAAAGAGCUGUUGAAAAAAUCCAAGGCCGAAUCUGCUGCGCUCGGGUCGAAGGACCUUGGAUCGGGCCGCGAUCUGUUGUCACUUCUUGUGAAGGCAAACAUGUCCAGCGAAGUUUCUGACAGUCAGCGGAUGAGUGACGACGAGGUCAUUGCCCAAAUUCCUACGUUCUUCCUUGCUGGGCACGAGACCAGCAGCACCGCUCUUGCCUGGGCAAUGCAUGCCUUGUCGCACGAUCAGUCUGUCCAAAACAAGCUGCGUCAAGAGCUGCUCUCCAUUCCGACGGACACCCCAACCAUGGACGAGCUCGAUGCCCUCCAAUUCCUCGACAAUGUGCUCAGAGAGACUAUGCGGUUGUACGCACCCGCGGUCAGCGGUCAGCGCGCAGCAAGCAGAGACGACGUGCUGCCGCUGAGCAAGCCCUACGUUGACCGUCAAGGCGUCCGGCAUGAAAGCCUCCCGAUCCGCAAGGGACAGCUGUGCACUAUCCCAAUCCUGGCCAUCAACACCAGCAAGGAACUCUGGGGGGAGGACGCGCUUGAGUUCAGACCUGAUCGCUGGAACAAUCUACCUGAAGCUGUGCACGCCAUUCCCGGAGUCUGGGCGCACCAGUUGACCUUCCUCGCCGGCCCGCACAGCUGCAUGGGCUUCCGGUUCACAAUCGUCGAGCAAAAGGCAAUUCUGUUCGGCCUUUUGCGUAACUUUGUAUUCUUCCCUGCUUCAGACGAGGUCAAGCCCGCGGUCAGCGCAUCCUUCCAGCGCCCCAUCUCGUUUGUUUCUGGAAGUGAUAAACCGGGUUUGGUCUCCUUGGGAGGUCUUCAAGUGGUGAUAAAGCCGUACAAUGGCGAAGUUCAUGCGUGAAGCGUAUAUAGCAUAAUCCCUACCACGUUCUUUGAAGAAUCUGAUUCAGACGAACUCUCAAUUCUGUGCAGGAGUUUUCGCGCCACGACAAGGAUAGCUUCCUAUCAGCCCUGCUCUCACAUUGUGAAGUGUAGUCGAGUUUUAACAUGCUCUUUCGGUUGCGAA